AACAGUACCUUUAAUUAAAGUUAAAAAACAGAGUUUUUGUUGACGUGUACGUGACAGGAUCCACACUUUUAACAUGGUUCUUUUUGCUUUUCCUUUAUUUUAUCUGUAUUUAAAAGUCGGUGAAAUGUGUGCAUUUUAAAUGAUAUAUUCUAGUUUCGAUUUAUGAUCGGUCCAGUUGUAACGUCUCUCAGACGUGUUCCUUUUUAAUUACAGAAACUUUAAUACAAACAUGGAAAAACACAAGAAAAUUAGAAACCACAUUUUAUGAUAUUAUUAGUGUUUUGCACACAGAUUGUCAUGCUUUAUACUGAAAGUCAAUGUGCGGAUAGGCAUCCUCCUGUCGGUGAUGUAAUCAUUAUGGAAUUAGUGCGAUGCAGUUUACAUAACAACAAGCUUGAAAAGCGCAAAUUUAUCAGGCCGGGAGUGAAAUGACAACUGUACAUAUUUUAAGAAUUGUAGUAUUAUCAUAAUGUGUCAUAAAAAACAGUUUGUAACGUAGAAUGAUGCUGAUUGAAUGUAACGUACACAAACUCUACUACCCACAAUGCCCUUCGAAAAUCCAACCCCCCCAACUGGAAGGCUUUUUGUCGUGAAACACAGGCGGGAGAACACCGAGGCAGUCGGCUCGUGAAGUUGUAGUGUUAAAAGUUCGAACUUUUUAAUAUUUUCUAAUCGCCGACCAUUUCCUAAUGAGAAGGGAAACUGUGUUUGGGUCGAAGAGGCGGCGGGAUGACGACAUAAUAACAAACAGUAACGGUAUCCACUACUAAACUUUACGUUACUGGAGAGAGACGAGGAGUGAUUCAACAGUUUAAAGAUGAUUAUGAAGGGGCAGAAGCGAAAACACCCACCAGAGGAGGUGGAUGUCUCAGACAGGAGCAGUCCCAUGUGGGAGAGCCAGCGGCAGUUUGUGUUCUCAGUUUCCCUGAACAAGUAUCAUCACAGCCAGGGAUUGCCGGAACCCAGCCUGCGAAGGUCCGUCCUGAUCGCCAACACCUUGCGGCAGGUCAGCCUGGAAGCUUUUGCAGCACCCUCUGUGGACAUGGAGGCGUCACCACCACCUUGUAGCUCUUCAUCUGGGCUUCUAGAGAGUGUUUUCACUGCAAAACACCACCCUGCAGAGACGUUUUCUAACAGCCACUCAGCUCUUGUAAGUUGCCCUACGGUUUCGUUAAAUGGCUUGUCAUAUUGUGCUCCUGCAUCAAAUGCCCAUAUGUCUGUAAAGGAUGAAGAUGAGGACUGGGGAUCCAUUUCCACGGAUUCUGAUUUCUCCCUUUCAGCUGUCAUCUCGUCCAUCCUCACUGCACUGGACUCUACCAUUGAUGGUAGCUCCCAGGCAGCUCCCCGGACGCCUCUCAGGUCCUUGGAGAACCUGCCGGCGCCCACUGAUGGAGGUGUGGGGUGGGUGAAGCAGGGAUUCAGAGGUUACGGUGGGGGCUGGGAGCAGCAGGAAGAGGGGAGGGCGCGGGAGAGCAGCACAGAGCUGAUGAGGUGCAGCUACCUCAGUGAGCUCACUGUGGAGGAUCUGUUCCAGGAUAUAGACUCUUCCCUGCUGGAGAUGGACAUGGGAGUGCUUGGGCUUUUAGGCAGUGGAGGUGGAUGCCCUACUGGGGAUGACCUUUUACGGUAUCUGCCACCUUUCUCCUCCUCCCCCUCACACCCCUUCUCCCUUUCUCUCAACCAGAAUCUGAAGUGCCUGCCUUCGCUCUCCUCAUUCGGCCCGUUGUCUUCCUCAUCCUCUUCUCCAACUUGUCUUUCGUCACCACCCUUCUCGAGUCAGAAUCAUGGCCUGGAUCUGGAGCAUCUGAUGGAGAUCCUGGUGGAGUCUUGAUCGCCUCGUGAUACUGUAAAUAAAUAGCCUGAACAGUAUUCACUAAGUUAGUGAAAAAACUGAAAGGCUAAGAGACUGAUUAUCAAACAGAUGAAAUAUUCACUUUGUUUUUAUAUAUUGCUCAAUGAAAAGUGUAUAAUGGGUUUUAGAAAGUAGGAAGAAUUAGAAACAGUGGGCAGCUAAGACAGGAAGUGCUAAAGCUGGGCUAACAUGGAGAUAAGCUGUGAUGCAUCUGGCAGCUUUUGGUAAAACAUAAAGCGUUAGUGUUUCACUGGCAAAACUGGAGCUCAAGUCUCUGGGAAAACAGCAGUAAACCAGAUAAGGCUGUUUUUUAACGAAUAAGCAAUGAGCCCGAUCAAAAUGGACUGCUGAAAAAGCAUUUUACUACAUUGUCCAGUGUGACUCAGUCAAUAGGAACUAGGGAAGGGUGGGGAGGUGUCGGUUUAUAAAACAGGAUUUAUUCUGCAGAUAAGAAGAUGUAAGAGAAACAUAACAGAACAUUUGUCAAAUGUAUCACAGCUUCGAGUAAAACUGAGUUCACAUUGAACCUCCUAGUUAACCUGGAAUAGGGAAAACAAAUCUGUAACCAGUCAUGUACUGGUGUUGAUGCAUGCAGUGGACUGAACACAUGAGAUAAAUCCCUUAUAACACACGGGUCAAAUGUUAAUGUGAGUAGGCUGGUGUUUGAAGGAGGAUAACUGAUACGCUAAUAUUAUGGUUCAAACUUCUAUGAAGAAAUCUUUCAGCCUCAUAUUUAUCACUGAGUUCUCACAGGGGCACGGUAUCAGUUGCUAACAGAUGAGGUCAGAAUUUCAAAGAGUAGAAGCACCCAGAAACUGCCUUUUAUUGAGAAGAAAUCCACAAGAACUGGUCUUUUUUAAAUGUGUAUAAUUAUUUAAAGUUAUUAUUAACUGCAAUUCUUUGUAUCCAUCAGUUAUACUUCCGUAACUGGAGGUACAGUAUCAUUUCCUGUAUCCUGUUUGAGCAGUAAAGAAUAAUACCAGUGAAAAACCCCUGCCUCUCUACCAGCCGACUGUUCAACAGAUGUUUUUAUUCAGAUAGAAUUUACAGCACUGUGCUAAAAACACAUCGUCAUGGCAGCCAUACAGAGCCACUGUGUCUCAACCACUACACUGCUUCUGUUGUACAGAUGUGAUAUUACUGAUCCGUCCUGCUGGGUGCAGACUCCCACUGUUAGCCAUGUUGACUGAUGGAGUCUAGGUGAGUCUAGUUUGAGUCAGCCUGUGAACAAUUGUGCACCAUCAGGUCAGUUUAGGGGAGUCCAUAUGUGUUGUCUGGUUUACAUCUGAAUUACUGCACUUUUGUUAAUAAUAUGCAUUCCUAAGACAUGUGGUGUCUGUUUACUCUCUGUUUAUUGAGCAGUGGUAAAACUAAGCCUAAUAAUUCAUUUUGAACCCAUUAAGUGAAGUCCAAUGACAUGUGACAUGUAUGUUAAUGUUUGUUCUUUCAAAGACAACCACUUUGGUCAGGUGUUUUUACUGCAACGUUACUAGCUGUACAUGUUGAUCCAGCAUUUAAUCCAUCUCUGUUGAAUUGGUAAAUAAUGAGAAAUAGUUGGAAAGCCUUUCUGUCAGGUGUUUGUACUUUUGUACUGUUUAUCAGAGUUGCUUUCUAUGCAAAGUUUCUUUGAGUACCUGGACUGCAGUCUAUUUAUAAAUGGAAUAUUUGUGAAGAUUAUUAUUUUAUGUUGUUCUAAUGGUUUAUUAAUGUACCGUCGUGGCAGUUAUUUCAUUUACUUAUAUUUUUAAUGGUUAUGUUUAAUUAAGGGCCGAAUGCCUGGACACUAUGUAUUAUGUCUUAUUUGUAUUAAUGCUGUUUAACUAUACUGAUAUUUUUAAUAAAAUGUGAAAUGCAA